GUUAUCACAGCUCAACACUGGUCCACUACAUCUUGGUAACCGACUGUAUAGAUCGGUAUGAAACUUCCUGAGACAACUGCGGAACAAUUCUCACUGAGAACUUCGUUUGAAGCGGUCGCAGUUUCUGUCCGGAGCCAUAACAGAGUGACACUCGAUCUUUAGAAGAGGGAAAAGAGAAGAUGGCAGGAGCAAAAUCAGCACUGGUGCUGUGCAUGGAUGUGGGGUUCUCCAUGUCCAACUCUGCCCCGGGUGAGGAGCCUCCCUUUGAACUUGCCAAAAAAGUCAUCCAGAAGUUUGUCCAGCGUCAGGUUUUUGCUGAGACAAAGGAUGAACUGGCUUUAGUUCUGUUCGGCACAGAUUCCACCAAAAACCCUCUGGACCAGGACGGCCAAUACCAGAACAUCACCAUCCACCGCCACCUAAUGAUGCCAGAUUUUGAGCUUCUAGAGGAAAUUCAGAAUCAGAUCCACCCAGAGAGUCAGCAAGCAGAUUGGCUGGAUGCUCUUGUUGUCUGCAUGGAUCUCCUACAGAGAGAAACUAAAGGGAAGAAGUACGAUCGUCUCAACAUUGUCCUUCUGACUGACCUCAACACGGGUGCUAGUGCAGACCACCUGGAUGUUAUUAUUGAAAACCUGAAAAAAGAUGGCAUCACCUUGCAGUUCUUUUUGCCUUUCCCUGUGGAGGAGGAUGAGGAGGGUGGAGGGGAUGCAGACAGAAGAGGCCCCAGUCACCCUGGCAUGGGCAAAGGUCUCUCCAGGGAGCAGAAGAAUAGCAUGGACAUGAUGAAACACAUCAUGCUGAGCCUGGACGAGGAGGACGGCCUGGAUCAAAUUUAUACAUUCACGAAUGCAAUCGAGCAGCUGUGCAUGUUCAAACGCAUCGAGAGGAGACCGAUGUCCUGGCCCUGUCAGCUGACUAUUGGAAGCUCUCUGUCCAUCCGUAUCGUUGGGUACAAAGCUGUGACAGAAGAGAAGCUGAAGAAGUUGUGGAUAUCAGUCGACGCUCAAACCAAUAAAAGAGAGGACUUGAAGAGAGAGACUGUCUAUUGUCUGGACGAUGACAACGAGACGGAGGUGCAAAAGGAUGAUACCAUUCAAGGUUUUCGUUAUGGAAGUGACAUUGUUCCCUUCUCCAAAGUGGAUCAAGAGCAGAUGAAAUACACACAUGAUGGGAAGUGCUUUGCAGUUCUAGGCUUCACCAAACAGAGCCUGGUACAUCGUCAUCAGUUCAUUGGAAAUCAGGUCAUCAAGAUAUUUGCUCCCAAAGAUGAUGAGCAUGCAGGAGUGGCCCUGUCGGCCGUCAUCCGGGCGCUGCAUGAACUCAAAAUGGUGGCCAUUGUGCGUUACGCCUAUGACCGACGCAGCAACCCUCAAGUGGGAGCAGCUUUCCCUUGUAUCAAGCAGGACUAUGAGUGUCUGUUGUACGUCCAGCUGCCAUUCACAGAGGACCUCAGACAGUUUACAUUCCCUUCUCUUGAAAACAACAAAAAGUUCACUCCCUCAGACACCCAGCUGUCUGCUGUGGACUCUCUCAUUGACUCCAUGAUGUUGGUGGAGGAAAAUGAGAAUGGAGAACAAGUAGAUAUGUUCAAGGUCCACCAGUUGCCCAACCCUGCCUUCCAGAGGCACUUCCAGUGUCUACAUCAUCGAGCAGUAAGCCCCGGUACCCCUCUUCCCCCCAUGGAGCCGUGGCUGAAGGCUGCUCUUGAGCGCCCUGAGGUCAUUAGUGAACGUUGCCAAGCUCCACUGGAGGAGAUGAGGAAGACAUUUCCACUCACAGAAGUAGAGAAAAAAAAGAAAGUGAAGACUAGUGCUCAGCUUUUUGGCAAAGACUCUGAGGAACCAGAUGCCAAGAAGGCAAAAGGAGAUGAAGAAGAGGAGGAGUAUAACCUGGCUGACAUCGCGGAAGGUUCUGUUACUUCGGUGGGAAGCGUGGAUCCAGCCCGAGACUUCCGCAUUCUGAUCAAACAGAAGAGCCGUCCAUUUGGAGAGGUCUGUCAGCAACUGACUCACAGGAUAGAGCAGUUGCUUAGCAACAAGAACACACAAUACUACAUGAAAAGCAUCACCUGUAUCCAGGCUUUUAGGGAGCAGUCCAUUGAGCAGGGAAAUGCUGAUCUGUACAAUAGCUACCUCCAGUCCCUGAAAAGGAGCAUCCCAAACAGAGGGCUUGAGGUCUUCUGGGACCUGCUUGUUCAAGAUGCCAUAACUCUGAUCAGCAAGGACGAGGUUGAGGGAAGUACGGUGUCCAGAAUUGAAGCUAAACAGUUUUUGGUUGCUGAGGAGAAAAAAGAGGAAGCGGCUGCACCACCAGCUGGAAGAUACAGGAGAUGUUGAUGACUUGCUGGACAUGAUGUAAGAAGGGAGGCAAUGGGAGUGACUGCAGUGGAGAUGCAGAAAAAUGAGAAGAAUGCUAUCAUUCAGCCUGACCAAACCAAAUCAACUCAGCCGUCCAUUGUUCUGCCUCCCACUUGGUGACUCCUGACACUUUGUAACUAGUGUUGAUGUUGAAGUAAGUGCAUUAAAUACUGUGCAGAACAGGGUUUGACUUAAGUGAUGUUUACACCAGUAGUGUCUUUAGAAUCCACAAAACUAUGCUGAAGGCUUUAGAUGCAUUUUGUUUGAAAUGUCUUAAUCUGGAAGUUAAGUGGAAAUUUUUUAUCAGUGUCUUGUUAUCAUUCCAUGAUAAUGUGCAGUAAUGUUGGAUACAGUGAAUGUUUUAAAUAUCCAGAUUUAUGAGGAUGAGGUACCUUUGGGACAUAACAGAAGACAGCACUUCAGUGUCCAACAAACUGCAAAUUUAUUAUCUUUGGUCAAUAAAGCUAAAUGUCUGAAGAACAAAA